AUGGCUGGGACUAGCACAUCAGCCAACACAGUGUCCAGUACCGCCUCCAGUGGGACCAGCAUACCAGCUGACACAGCUUCCAGCUCAACCUCCAGUGGGACCGGCACACCAGCCGACACAGCGUCCAGCACCACCUCUGGUGGGACCAGCACACCAGCCAACACAGAGUCCGGCUCAACCUCCAGUGCGACCGGCACACCAGCCAACACAGAGUCCGGCUCAACCUCCAGUGGGACCGGCACACCAGCCAACACAGAGUCCAGCUCAACCUCCAGUGCGACCGGCACACCAGCUGGCACAGAGUCCAGUACCACCUCCAGUGGGACCAGCACACCAGCCAACACAGAGUCCGGCUCAACCUCCAGUGGGACCGACACAUCAGACAACACAGUGUCCAGUACCACCUCCAGUGGGACUAGCACAUCAGCCAACACAGAGUCCGGCUCAACCUCCAGUGGGACCAGCACACCAGCCACCACAGAGUCCGGCUCAACCUCCAGUGGGACCGGCACACCAGCCAACACAGAGUCCAGCUCAACCUCCAGUGGGACCGGCACACCAGCCGACACAGCGUCCAGCACCACCUCUGGUGGGACCAGCACACCAGCCAACACAGAGUCCGGCUCAACCUCCGGUGGGACCGGCACACCAGCCACCACAGAGUCCGGCUCAACCUCCAGUGGGACCGGCACACCAGCCAACACAGAGUCCGGCUCAAACUCCAGUGGGACCGGCACACCAGCCACCACAGAGUCCAGCUCAACCUCCAGUGGGACCGGCACACCAGCCGACACAGAGUCCAGUACCACCUCCAGUGGGACCAGCACACCAGCCAACACAGAGUCCGGCUCAACCUCCGGUGGGACCGGCACACCAGCCACCACAGAGUCCGGCUCAACCUCCAGUGGGACCGGCACACCAGCCAACACAGAGUCCGGCUCAAACUCCAGUGGGACCGGCACACCAGCCACCACAGAGUCCAGCUCAUCCUCCAGUGGGACUGGCACAUCAGACAACACAGUGUCCAGUACCACCUCCAGUGGGACUAGCACAUCAGCCAACACAGAGUCCGGCUCAACCUCCAGUGGGACCGGCACACCAGCUGGCACAGUGUCCAGCACCACCUCCGGUGGGACCAGCAUACCAGCUGACACAGCUUCCAGCUCAACCUCCAGUGGGAUUAGCACAACUGCCAACACUGGAUUUAGUGGAACCCCCAAUGGCUCUGGCACACCUUCUCCAACUGGAACCCACACAACUUCCAAUAGUAUUAACACAACUGCUGCUACUCCCACUAAUGAGGUGAAGCCUAGUGGGUCCCUGAAGCCAUGGGAAAUCUUUCUCAUCACGCUGGCCUCAAUUGCAAUGGCCGUGGGACUCUUCGGUGGGCUCUUCUUCUGUGUGAGAAACUCCCUGUCAUUGAGAAAUGUCUUCAACACAGCUCUUUACCGCCCCCAUGGCCCCAACCUUGGCCCCUCGCCUGGAGGGAAUCAUGGAGUCCACUACAGGCCUCGGUGGAACCAUAACUUGUUCUGGAGGAGACCAGUACAUUCAGAAGCCAUGGAGAUGAGUGGGAGUUACAAUCAGCCUUGAGCAGCCCCUGAAGCCAGAGUGACUCAUUCUUUAAGGAGGAAGCUGAACUGGAGGACCAGACCUGAGUUUCCUUCCAUUUAAUCCCGGGAGCCCCUCCCAGGUUUGUCUGGGUCUCUGACAGCCAUGGGAAAAACACUUCCUCCCUCUCUCUUGC